CUCUGGUUCUACCGAAAUAGCGCGAUGACUCGUUGCUGCACUGGCUCCCCCGGAGAACCAGAAGCCUUCUGUUUCCGUCGGAAGCUCCAGCGGCGGAUUGGACGAUCCGAGGCAGAAGACGAAGAAAGGCGGACAGGGCAGAGAUGGAGGGAGACGCGCUCGCCGAGUCGCUCAACGAUCUCUUCCUCAACCUCUCCACGAUGGUCAAAUCCGAACUCCAGGGCGCGAACAAUCAGCUGGAGCUGGUGGAGAAGAUGAACCAGCAAGUGGCGGAGGAGUACGUGGGGUUCGGCGACGUGGCGUCGGGGCUGAGAGUGUUCGUGGAGCAGCUGAAGUCCAAGAGCGGGGGCUUCGACGAGUACGUGCGGCAGAUCGAGGCGAUCGAAGAGCAGGUGACUCACUUCGAGUCCGUGGUCUCCGCGCUCGACAAGCACGUGUCCCUGUUGGAAACCAAAGUGCAUUCAGCGUGCCACCACCCGCCUCAGGGAUGAAUGAAGGCUCCUCUCUCCCUCUUCUUUAGUUCUCAGUUACUGUUCAAGUGUCGCCAACACCGUCGUUUGUCCGUGAAUCAUUUCAUCGUAAAUGUUCAAUUGCAUGGCAAAUCACUCGUAAAUCAAUCUUAGAGACUCGAGACUUUGAUUUCUAGCUCGCCAUGGAGUCGCACUUUCUCGCCUGCCGGAAAGCUCGGGGUCACUAAAGUUGGCCAUUUCGAAACUCUGGACUUUGAGAAAACGGCCCCUCUUCACAGCUUUUCACUUGACAGUUUGUGAUUCCGAGAACCUCUAUAUGGAUGAAUCCAUGCAUCUGCAAUUCCUAA